UCUGUGCCACAAUAUAGUGAUGACUCAAAGGUUUCAGCACAAGCCACGUGGAAAUGCUACAGCUGGGCGAUGUAUAAAAAGGGAAGAGGAUCGAUGUUGAUGCUGUACACCUGAAAUUAGCUCACAAUACCAUGACCAUGGGAAGGAUCAUAUUUUACGAGGACCGUAACUUCCAGGGUCGCUCCUAUGAAACCACCAGCGACUGCCCGGAGCUCACGUCCUACCUGAGCAGGUGCAACUCCUGCAGGGUGGAGAGUGGCCUCUUCGUGGUUUAUGAGAAGCCCAAUUUCAUGGGUUACCAGACGCUGGUGAGGAGGGGCGAGUAUCCGGAUAACCAGCGCCUGAUGGGGAUGACUAUGAGCGACUGCAUCCGGUCUUGUCGCAUGAUCCCGGCGCACCGGGGUCCCUUCAGGCUGAGGAUCUACGAGAGGGACAACUUCGGAGGCCAGAUGCAUGAGCUGAUGGACGACUGUGACGACAUGACGGAGCGCUUCCACAUGUCCGACUGCCAGUCCUGCAACGUGAUGGAUGGCCACUGGCUGUUCUACGAGCAGCCCAACUACAGGGGCAGGAUGCUGUACCUCAGGCCAGGAGAGUACAGGAACCUCAGAGAGAUGGGAUUGAGCAACGUGACAAGGUUCAACUCCAUCAGGCGCAUCAUGGAUUCCUGUUAACUCAACCAGCAAAUGUACUAGCUGAACAAAUAAAGCUACCUGAAAUCCUGAA